AUGGCGGUCACCUUCGCAUCAGGCAACGGCCAGACCGUCAUGGGACCGCCCCCGGCCGGCCCCCUCAAGGCCACGACGGCCGCCCUGGCGCAGUGGGGCGUGUCAAAGGACAAGCUGAGUCGCAACGCGUCAUGCAUUACGUCGGGUUAUGUCCAGAACCAGUACCCCCACCUGCAGAGCCCCAGUUACGUCAGCCCCUACCUCACCACUUGCAUCAUGACAGGGGGAUGA